UCUCUCUCUCUCUCUCUCUCUCUCUGAAACACAUUCAACAUAGACAAACCAGAAAUGGGGUUGAUGAGAACGCCAGAGAUUUCAGAAGAAAAUGCCUUCGUGUCCAGAAAAGGCAUGCCCACCUCCCUCUCCUCUUCCAAAACGCUCUCCUCUUCUUCUUCUUCUUCUUCAUCCCGAGCUUCUCGCAACCGGAAGAUCGCGCCCUCUUCCAACUUCUCCGACUCGGCAUCGGAGGAAAUCUUACGGAAUGCCGAAUCCGUGAUCAAGAAGUGGGACGUGAACUCGAAAUCCUCAUACACCCGAGUCACGUCUCUCUUCCUCCACGACAGGGAAGAAGCCAGGAGCUUCCUCAAAUCCACCAACGACCUGCGCGAGGUCAUGCACUUCCUUGUCACUAGCCAUUCGAGCUCCGAUAAGCUAGUUCUUGCGCAGAGCCUCACGCAGAUUGCCAUGAAAAGGCUCGAGAAAGAGCUGUACCACAUCGUCUCCACCAACAGGGAGCACCUCAGCCCCGAGUCCGUCUCCCGGAAGUCUUCCCGCCGUUCAGAUGAUUCCGUAAACGAAAACGGAAUCGUUUCCGAUAACGAGACGGAGAAAGUUUCCGAAUCCACCAUGGAGGACGUAAAAUCCGUGGUUGAUUGCAUGGUCAGUGCAGGGUAUGGCACGGAGUGCAUAAAGAUCUACAAGGUCAUGAGGAAGUCGACCGUCGACGAAGGCAUAUAUCGGCUCGGGAUCGAACGGACCAAGUCUUCUCAAAUUCAGAAACUAACCUGGAAUUCGCGCGAGCAACUAAUCGAGAACUGGCUGAACGCAGUGAAAGUCGCAGUGCAGACGCUCUUCAAGGGAGAGAGGAUCCUCUGUGACCACGUUUUCUCUGCAUCCAGCAAGAUCAGGGAAUCCUGCUUUGCCGAGAUCACCAAAGAGGCGGCGAUCCAUCUGUUCCGAAUCCCGGAAAUCAUCGCGAGAAUCAAAGGAUCGCCGGAGAGAAUUUUCAAGCUGAUCGAACUCUACGAAGCGACUUACGAGCUUUGGCCCGAUAUCGAGUCCAUAUUCAAGUUCGAUUCGACAUUGGCUGUCAAGUUACAAGCCCUCUCUGCACUGGUAGAGCUCGGUGACACAGUCCAAAUGAUCCUGUCGAACUACGAAGCCAUAAUUCAGAAGGACUCUUCGAAAAUUCUCCCCGAAGGCGGUGGAAUCCACUCGCUGACUCGAACAGUGAUGGAAUUCACGACUUCCCUCGCCAAUUACAGCGCGACUCUCUCCGACAUCUUGAUGGACCAUCCGCGAGCGGGAAAUCUGAAUCUGCCGGAGUCGUACCUCGAUGGCCCCAGCUCCGGCGAUCUCCCGGUGUCACCAGUCUCGGUCCGAUUAGCUUGGCUAAUGCUCGUCUUGCUAUGCAAGCUCGAUGCCAAGGCCGAGCUCUACAAGGACGUCUCACUGUCCUACCUAUUCCUCACGAAUAAUUUGAACUUCAUAGUGGAAAAGGUGAGAUCGACCAACCUCCAGUACCUGCUCGGGGACGAGUGGGUCGAGACGCAAGUGGAAAAGGUAAGGCAGUACGCGGCGAACUACGAGGCCGCAGCAUGGAGCAAGGUCCUCUCGUCGCUGCCGGAGGCAGCGACCAAAGGAGAUUCCCCGGCGAUGUCGCUGGAGGCAGCGAGGGCGUGUCUCCAAAGGUUCAGCACCACGUUCAAGGAGGAGUGCGGUAAGCAGACGUCGUGGACCGUGCCGGACAGGAAGCUGAGGGACGAGAUCAAGGUGUCCAUCGCGAGGAAGCUCGCGCCGGCAUAUGGGCAGUUCUACAAGGCGUACUUAGGGAUUGCAAGGGGCGACCAAGAGGCGGAGAGGAAGCUCGCGAGGUUCGGGGCGGAUGACUUGGGGAACUACUUGUCGGACUUGUUCCAUGGGACGGCGGUUUCAAGGGGUUCGCGGCCGCUGUCAUCGCGGUCUCGGGGGUGUUUUGCUACGGUGAUUUGAAUUGGAUCGACUUGUUUCGUCCCUUUGUACAACGGAGGAGGAUGUGAAUUGAAUAAAACUUCUCGUCGGUUGCUUUCUUUCUGUUUCGGUUGGUCCUGAAAAUUUUCCCGGGAAAAUAAGUAUCCGUUUCAAAUGGACAAUUAACUUUCUUUUACGA